AUGCUUGCCUCCCUUUUAUGUCAGGAAUGUGCCAAGCCAGCUUCGGAAGCCAUAAAAGAUGCGAAAAGAGCAGAGAUAGCAGCUCGUGUUGCAGCAGCACAAGCUGAACGUCAGAAGGCUGAGGCACUUAAAACCUUCCAAGAAGCCAAAAAGCAAGAAAUAGACGAGAAGGGGACAUCAUACUACGGCGAGCACCAGGGCAUCACAUGUGAUGCAUGUGCAGUCGUACCAAUUUUUGGAUACCGCUACGUCUGCAAGUCGUGCGCAUCUCAUGAUGUGUGCGAGUCAUGCUAUGACGCCUGGGCCGGUGGAACAGGUGUUAUGCCGAACAAGCUGGCGAAACAGACGCUCAGCACUAAUCCAGCAGAUCAUUCCUUCAGAUUGUACAAGGAGCGCGGGUAA